AUGAACGAGGACGCCCACAAAGAUAGGAGUCUCGAAGAAGCGCGUGACAACGGCUCGGCAGGUGAGUUGGGCAACUCCUCAGCUGCUGUGAGUGAUGAAAUGGCCGCUCAGCGGCCAUCCCAUCACCAACAACAACAGCAGCAACAACAGCAACAACAGCAGAUACAAAAACCUUCGAGACAGGACUCUAUCUCUAUGUUUACCAACUUUAAUCAACCGCGAUUCUCCACAGACGCGUCUAUCAACUCGUUUCUCAAUAUCUCGGAUCGUCCCUCUAUAAGCGUCCCAAACGACCUUUCACAGAUAGGAAGAGGGUUUAGUAUCAUCAAUAGCUUAUGGCCCAAUCAACAGGUGCCAGCUGCCCCCGCGGGACCGCAGGGAUCUCAGGCACCUCCGCAGGUACAGUUUAAUACCGUGAGGCGACAGAGUGAAACUUUAGAACCAUUUAUGCCGCCACGGUUUAAGACGCCCAGUUUUUCCAGUAAGAAUGCUCAACAACCAGUCAAUAGACCUUCGCAACCUUCAUCGAAUCGGAAUUCGAUCUAUUUUGGUCCCAAUGAAACCACAGACCUUGAUUUCUUCCAUUCUACUGGUAAACGAGACUCUACGACAAAUCCAAUGAAACCACCACUACUAGUUCCAAUGUCAAGUGGGAACUCUACACCGACGAUCAAAUACAAUGCGGCGCCGAACUCUGCCCCAUCUCAAAAUUCACAACAACAGGAGUUUGAUACGUUGUUUGCGAACAACAAUGCGCAUUCGUUAAUUGGAUCUCGCAAUAAUUCAGUGAAAUUUAAUCCAGACGAUUUCGAUUUUCAAUUUAAGAGAAGAGACUCCUCUGUAAGAGCUACUCUUGAUAGUCAGCGAUAUAAUGUGGCAAAUGCAAGUCCCGAUCCUACGUCCUCUGAUGUGGUGCUCGAGGACUCUGCCUCGGAUUCGCCACAUGUAAAGAGGCAAAAGAGAUCACACAAGGACCAUUUGAACGAUUUAAUGACCAAUUCUACUCACGAUACGUUGUCCAAACUACCAAACUGCAUACUUGACUCGACAGAGUCUACCCCAAUGGAUGACGCAAAGCCUCUGCUAGGUGUUACAAAAGUUGAUCAACUCAUGCUCAUGAUCCAGGCUCGUAAGAAAGGUGUCACGGAGAAAGUGCCUACUACAGCAGACGGUAGACUGCUAAUCGAUGAAACUUCAGGGAUUCUGCCGCCUUCAAGUCAACUUGUAGGUGGUGUUGAAAAACCCAAGGGGUCUCAUGGUGUCAAACAACACGAGUGUCCUUAUUGUCAUCGUUUCUUCACUCAGUCCACACAUCUGGAGGUACACGUUCGUUCUCAUAUAGGUUACAAACCUUUUCAAUGCCAAUACUGUGGUAAAAGAUUCACUCAAGGUGGGAAUUUAAGAACUCACCAGAGGCUACACACGGGUGAAAAACCAUAUGAAUGUGAACUUUGUGGUAAGAGGUUCUCAAGGAAAGGUAAUUUGGCCGCUCACGUCGUUACGCACCAAAAGCUGAAACCAUUUAUCUGUAAACUCGAUGGCUGUAAUAAGACUUUCACACAAUUAGGUAACAUGAAAGCUCAUCAGAAUCGAUUCCAUUUGAACACGUUAAAUGAGUUGACCCAAAAACUGGCAGAGAUGGAUCCGAAUGAGAAUAUAGCUCCAAAAGAACGUGAACUACUAGACUACUUCGCUUCGUUGUACAAGAAUUCAAACAAGGGGAUCAAAGGUCGUGGUAAGGGCAGUACGCGAGUCACCCAGACGGAUUUGCAACAUCAACGACAUCAGGCAUCACAGUCUCCUCCAAAUCCGUCUCAUCAAAUGGGCAUGCCUGACAAUUCACUUGUUGCCAGGGCAUUGGGAUCCAUAAAGACCCAACCACCACCACCACGAUCGCAGCCCAUUGAUCUCAGUAAAGAACCGGUGCUGAACUACGAAUACCCAACGCUCGCACCAAAUGGUCAAACUUCAGACCCCAAAAGUACUUCGUUGCCCUUACAACCACCAACAUCUGCAUCUUCAGCAACAAGUCAAGGGUUCGCCUUCUCAUUGGAUCAGCCAGAGAAGAUAGAUGACUCUACAAGCAAUUCCCCCAAUACUUCGAAGGGACAAGUUCAGUUCAAGCACGUUAAUUACAAAGGUUAG